UAUUAUUAUGUUGUUUUAACUAUUAUCGCGUUUGUACAUAUGUUGACUGUCAAAAUGGCAAUACAUUUCUGGUUUCCAGCUUUCGGGAGUAGCAGAACAAGCAAAUGCUAGCCCGGCUUCCCAAACCCACAGAGAAGUCCACAUUCCAAAAGUCAUUUCAGACAACACAGCAAAUAAUUCGAUAGUCCUCGUUUUAAAAUGGCGGAAUAUACCAUUGCGUAUGCGUCUGGAGCGCCAUGACAUUGUCACUUCCGUUUCGGUGAUAGAAAUCCAGGAGGAAGAUAACGUUACGGCGGCCGAGUUGCUGCAAGAUGAUUCAGUAUUUUAUCAAGGCUCUGUAAUAGGGCGGAAAUUCAGCUUUGUGGCCAUUCAGGAAUCAAAGAACGGUUUUAUCGGAUUUAUACAACUUCCGGAAGAAGGAUUAUCCGUGGAGCCUCUCGGACACCCCGGGCCAGGAGAGUUGGGCGAGCACGUGCUUGAGAGUCAGGGGAAGUCAGCCCCACCACCGGCUGCUGUUGUCGACCGACACAUUCGUCGCCGACGUGCUGCGCCGACGGAGUUCACCAAGUACCUAGAGGUGUUGGUCGUCGUCGAUACGACGGUGGCAGACUUCAUCGGGAUAGAGAAAGUGAAGACGUACAUACUCACUCUUAUGAACAUUGUGAACACGGUGUAUCACGACGCAAGUCUUGGGGUCAACAUUGAAGUGGUCACCGUGAAGAUCAUGUACAUGGAAAAGGCCUCGGAAAAAUCCGUGGUGAUUGUGAGCGACCCUCAGGGAACUGUGGACCGGUUUUGUCACUGGGUCAGUGCGCAGGCGCAUAGAGGAGCAGGCACGGGGACCAAUCAUGACGUUGCAGUACUUCUCACUCGGCACAAGUUUACUCCGGCAGGGUACGCCCCCAUCACGGGUCUCUGUAUUCCGAUGCGCAACUGCGCCCUUGUGAAGGAUGACGGAUUUACGAGCGCCUUUGUGAUCGCGCACGAGAUGGCGCACGUGUUUGGGCUCUGGCACGACGGGCACGGAAACACGUGCUACGGACAGGCGUACACUACCAGCAUCAUGGCCACUGUCGUGCAGUCCUCCUUCAACCACUAUUGGUGGUCCGGAUGUAGCAAGACCAAGAUGCUCGAGGUUCUACCGUAUCUGACCUGCUUGAACAACAACCCGCAUACGGUUGUCAAGGAGACGCUGCCAUCGCCCCUGGGUCGGGGUUGGUCCCUGGACCAACAGUGCCGGGUUGAGUUUGGGGAGAGGGCGACAUUCUGUAAAAUCUUUGGCAAUAUCGACCCCUGUGGUCAAAUGUGGUGCGACGAUGCUACACGGGCAUACUCGUGCAAAACAAAGAACGUCGUGCCCUUAGACGGGACUCAGUGCGGACCCACCUCUCAUUGGUACUGUCAGUCGGGUGCGUGCGGUUACCGUGGUAACGAGUCGCCGGUUCAAGGCGGCUGGAGUGCCUGGUCCGGGUGGAGCAACUGCUCCGCUCAGUGCAACAUCGGCUUCAAGCGGCGGUCCCGAGUCUGUACCAACCCAAAACCAGAUUUCGGGGGCAAAGAAUGUGACGGUGAAAGCGAUAACACGGACACUUGCAUUGCUCAGGAGUGCACGGAAUACUACGACCAGCGAGCCGCACAGUGCACAGCGAUGGAUGCCGUGCCAGUGAAAGGACAAACACGUACCUGGAGACCGUACCAAAUCACUAAAGAGUCCGACCGCUGCAAGCUGACGUGUGUAGCAGACGGUAGCAGCGACGUCGUGACGUUCGACGCUUUCGUCGAUAACGGAACUCCGUGUUCGUACGACGAUCCAGGCCAGAUAUGCAUCGAUGGACAGUGCGUGCCAGUUGGCUGUGAUGGCGUGCGCGGUUCGGAUGCGAAGCUUGACAAGUGUGGGUUGUGUCGAGGGAACGGGUCUAGUUGCAAAACUGUGACCGGAAAUGUGCAUCGCACAUUCAAAUAUGGUGCAGCGGGAGGUGACCAUUACGAGAGGGUGAUGGUACUGCCGGAAGGGGCCCGGGACAUCGUCAUCAAAGAGACCGCCACCCUGCCGCACUUCAUAUCUGUUGAGGAUACACGCUACUAUACUCGCGUACUCAACGGUGACGGCGCCCAGGGUCGAAGUCGCCCGUUUGUACUCGAGGGGGCGUGGUUCGAGUACACCAACAAUCAGGGUCACGAAAAGCUGUCGACAAAGGGGCCUGUUCAUAGGAAUGUUAAUGUUUUGGUUUAUCCCAUGGACUGGAAGAUUCCGGCCAGCCUGGAUUUCGCCUACACCAUUGACAAUAACGACUUCACAUGGGAGAAGAGCAAAUACACGUGGAAGUUUGAGGACUGGAGCCCGUGCAGUGUCACGUGCGGAAAAGGUGUUCAACACAUUGUCUAUGCCUGCACGGACAAACAGAAGGAGGUGAAGGUCGAGGACAAAUUAUGUGACGUCAUAGAAAGGCGCGAGUCUAAAAACCACGUCUGCGAAAUGAUUGACUGCGAUUCGCUGAAGUACCUAUGGCGCAUGCGCCGUGACUACAGCGCGUGCUCCGCCACGUGUGGGAAGGAAGGCGUCCACUAUCAGUUGUACGAGUGCGAGUCGAUAGAGAGCGGGGACACAGUGGACCGGAUAUACUGUCAGAACAUAUCAGAGCCAAUCUCCAACGAGCCCUGCAAUCGCAUGGAAUGCACGGCGGUGCUAUUCAAAUGGAAUGUGACGUCAGAUUGGAGCGAGUGCACGCAAACUUGCGGCGAGUCUGGAACACAGUAUCAGUUGUUUUUCUGCCUGAAACUGACGGGAGACCGAGAACCAGAAACGGUGGAAAACCGAUUUUGUUCCGAUCUUAAAAGCCCUCAGGAACCACGUGCGUGUAACCGGCUACCGUGUUUGUCGUAUAAAUGGAGACCAACAGAUACCUGGCACGAUUGCAACGCAAGCUGUGGUACUGACGGAGUGCAGUUGCAGAAGUUGGUGUGCAAGAAGUACAUAGGCGAUAAGCCAAUAAGCGACGUGAGUGCGUGGUUUUGCAGGAGCGAAGAAAAAACGACGGAAAGUAGGGCGUGUAACAGGAGGGACUGCUACAGGCUAAAGUGGGUAAUGUCGGAUAUAUGGUCGGACUGCAGUCAAACGUGCGGGCAAUCAGCUGUCAGGGAGCGUCGGACUCAAUGUAGAAAUGUGACGUACGACGAUCGGGAAACCAGUCUGGCUGACAAGUUUUGUGCUGAAAUCGAGAAACCAGUCGUUAUUGAAAACUGUAAUUUACCGCCCUGUGAAAGUUUUGCCUGGCAACCUUCGGAGCGUUGGGGCAACUGCUCUAAGAAAUGUGGCGAUAUGGGUACGCAAACUCGGGCGUACGAUUGUGUCAAAGAAGGCACCGAAACUGUGAUUUCCGAUGAAAAUUGCGCACAAAAAUACGUUCAAAAAGAAGUUCGAGAAUGUAAUCGAUUUCCAUGCCACACAUUCGAAUGGCGGACAGACGACGCCUGGUUGCCGGCAUGUCGUAAAACAUGCCAAGAGGAGCAUGUCGUAAAACAAAUGCGAAACGUGAAAUGCAUGCAAAUCUAUCUUGGUGGACAAGAGGAGGUGACCGACGAAUACUUCUGUGCUAAUUUGACGAAACCGGAUGUCAUUAGAAAAUGCGAAAACCUAAACUGCACUCGGAGCACCUGGUCGAUGACCAACGUGGGUGAAUGUAACGCUACCUGUGGGGUGCAGGGCGGUCAACGCCGCACUGCAGUCUGUGUGACCUCAGAGAAAAAUGGAGGUCACGAAACGAUUGCAGACGAACAUUGUCCUCUGCCGAAGCCAGCCAAUAUAUCACGGCCAUGUUAUAUUGAAUCGUGCUACAGGUACGCACCUUCCGGUUCCGGUGACUCCUGGGGCGUGUGCUCAGUUACGUGUGGUGGUGAAGGAUACCAGAUACAGGACGGCCAGUGUGUUCGGCAAAACGGUCCGCUUAGCACGCCUGUACCGGACAGCCACUGCCAAGAGGCGAGAGUGGAGAGGAACGCGCGCACAUGCCAUACGGCUUCCUGUGGUGUCCUGGACUGGAACGCGGGGCCCUGGUCAAUGUGUUCAAAGACGUGUGGUGCGGGACAAAAGAAGCGGGUGGUGUUUUGCGGAGAGCCCGGGGGUAAAGCCGACCCCUCGCAAUGUCAUGGUACCGCGCCUAGCGAAUAUGAGUCUUGUGAAGAGGAGAAAUGUCCGGCUGACAAUAAAGAACCGGAAUGCGUAAGAGACAAAGCGGCCAUCUGCAAGCGUGCCACCGAGGUGCAUUGUGGACAUAAAUCCUUCUUCCGGGUGUGCUGUCAGACGUGCGCGCGCAUUCAGGCAGACGAUCCUCAUUCGGAAGACAAUGGAGGCAAGCCCGACUGCGGCGGAGACAGAGGGUCAUUUUGCAUAAAUGCAACUCGGCGUCACUGCUCGUUCGAUGCCUACCGACACGUCUGCUGUCGGAGCUGCGCGCGCAUUCAAUCGAGUGUGGACAUGAGGAGCUAUAGCAAUCACAGCCGUCGCUAAGGAGGCUGAUGUCUCUUGACUAGUUUCCAAAAUCGGCGAAAUAUGUACAAUGUCACGGAACGCUUGAUUGAUGUCCAUACGAAUGCCCCGCUUGUUUGAUUUUAAGCUUGUACUUUGAAAUAAAAUGGGGAAAUAACUAAGUACCAGUA